AUGGCACCACCUUCUCUUGACCCAGAUUAUCCUCGCUGGAAUAAUCCAGUACUAGACCAGAAAUACGUUCGCUGGAACAAGCUAUUUGAUACGAUGAACUUUGACGACGAUGAAUCUCUUGGCAAGAUCCUUCAAGCUGCUGGUGCAGCAGAAAGAUUUCAUCCUUUCAACCUCAAGCUCAUUGAAGGUACCGACUUGAACGAAUCUGAAAUGGUUGCAGUUCGUGACCUUUCAUACGCAUUCAAUCGCAAUUUUUUCUGCCGUGAUAUAGUUCGCCACCUCAUACUAUUCUCUCGAUAUGAAGAUAAGGCCUUUACUCUUGGGAAAGCGACAAAACUUUGCACAGAUAUGCUCAAAAUCACCAACUUGAACCCUGUACGUCGACCCGAUAUGUAUCUCCAGAUUCGGAGAAAAUUCUGUCAAUUAGCGCCAUAUCUAGAAAAUCUCGAUGAAGAUGAAGCCAAAGCAGAAUUGGAUCGAUGGGCAAGAUGGGGACAUCAUGAAACACAGAUUGUCACGAGACUCGGGAUAAGACAAUCUGCUCGGGAACAGGACGAUGAUUCAGCACCUUCUAAAAGCAUGAAUGCCAAUGUUGACGACAGCCGGGAGGUAACAUCUGUGAAAAAUGCAGCAGAAGCCGAGAUAUUUGAGGCGGCGAAGGCUCUCAUUUCGAUGAGCUCACAGGAAAGUGCAGAUGGUCUGGUCGUGACUCCCGUUCCAACUCCACAGAAGCCCAUUUCCAAUAAGAGAAAGCGCGAAGAGCAAGAGGGUGACCCAGAUAAUGAAUGA